AUGCAGGCCUUUGGUGAGGAUCUCUUUCUCUUUGACCUUCCCAAGAGCAGGAGGCCUAGAUUUACCUUGAGCCUACGCAUCAUUGAUAUGAUCAACGUCCCCUUGGUCGUUGGCUCAGCCUAUGUUAAAUGGCAACUGCCAUCUUCAGUUUCUGCUGACCAUAAUGGCCACACAGAAAAGGCUCUGCUCCAGGACCACAGGGCAUCGUGGGAUUACGAGAAGCUGAUGGUCGUUAGACUUACAGUUGAUAGAAACCAGAUGCUCCAAGACUGUGAUCUUCAGCUUGAUAUCUUUCAAGAGUUUACGGCCGGAAACCGUGCUGAUAGAGUACCUUUGGGGAAUAUCAAAUUAAACCUGGCGGAGUAUGUUGAUAAGACUGAGAGCGAUGAGGGGAUUAUGAGAAGAUACUUGAUGCAAAGUAGCAAGAUCAACGCCACAGUCAAAAUCGGCAUUGCAAUAUCCCAGAUUGAGGGAGACAGCAACUUUAUCGCACCACCACUCAAGCCUGCCACGGUAUUCUCCGGGAUUGCUGGGGUGAUGUCAACCGAGCAUGGAGAAAUCAAUGAUGAUGGCCAUAUCCCUUCAAUUAAUAAUAGGGGCCGCGAGUAUAGCGACCUUCAGGACAUGUAUCGCUCGACUUUAGCUGCAGCCUGGGUAACCCUUCCCGAUGAGCUACCUCCAGAUCAACUGAUAGAGAACAUAUUUGCCGGUGGAGAUGGCUUCCCGUCAAACUACUCACGGCCUAAGGUAGAGGAUGAUGAAGAAGACGACGAUGACGAGUCUAUCAGCGAUGCAGAUUCACGUCGAACUGUCCGUGAUAACAAAAAUUCUCCAGGCCACAGCCCAAGAAUUAAAGACCCCUUUGCUACUCAUUCCCGAAGUGACAGCAGGCAGUCCGAUUUUUCGUUCGGUGCUGGCGGGAAGGAAAGAAUCGACACCCAUACAUAUGAAAGGCCGAGCGGGAAAAAGCGGAAGAAAAAGGCUCUCACUGAGUUUGACCUUCGUGAGGACCUCCGCAGCUGGGAGGUCUCAUGGGCCAAGGAAGAUCAACUACAACAACAGUGA